UAUCCCUCUAGAUGGCAGCACAGUCGAUUUUAAAAGUUAGACUUGGAAAUUGUUUAGUUGUCAAAGUUCGGUAUCGUCUGACUAACUUAGUGCACUUGUCCUUUGCAGCAGUUAUGAAUUAACUUCCUCCGUGAAAGCAUGUGUUAAUUCGGCGUUGUGAUUCACUAUUUGUUUUAUCAUUUCGAAAGGGUGAUAUACACCCGGAAACCACCCCAUGCGGACUUUAGAAACGGUACCAUAUCCUGGUGUUCCAAGAAAGAAACAUGUCAUUAAGUAAUAAAUCUACUUCUCAAGCUAAACUUGUUGCAGUGAUAGGAGCUGGUGCAAGUGGACUGACAACCAUUAAGAGUUUAAAAGAGGAAGGAUUUUACGUUGUAUGCUACGAAAAAACAGAUGAUUUGGGUGGACUAUGGAAAUAUAGAGAUGAGGAAAUAGAAGGAGUAGCUUCUAUCAUGAAAAACACAGUAUCCAAUAUUAGUAAAGAACUUAUGGCAUUUAGCGACUUUCCUCCACCAAAAGCUUUCCCAAAUUUUAUGUCACACAAAUAUGUUUUGAAAUAUUUAGAAAAAUAUGCUGAAGCUUUCGAUCUUUUACGCCAUAUAAAGUAUCGACAUGAAGUGAUUAGGGUAUUACCUACAGCUGAUAAUUACAGAACAGGACGAUGGGAAGUUACUAUUAAAGAUAAUGCCAAAAAUAGAAUUUUAGUCGAAGUUUUUGAUGGUGUUGCAGUUUGCGUAGGACGAUAUGGAUUUCCUAAAAUUCCGAAUUUUAAUUCUUUGGAAACGUUUAAAGGUAAAGUUCUCCAUACGCACAACAUCAAAAGUUUCGAACAAUUUAAAGAUCAAAGAGUGCUCAUUAUUGGUUCUGGAAAUUCUGGAGCAGAUGCUGCUGUGAAUCUGUCAGCAGUUGCAGACGAGGUGUAUUUAAGUUCCAGACAAGGUACGUGGGUUGUACAGAGACCAGGUCCAAAGGGUUUGCCUGCUGAUCUAAACUUCAAUCGAAGAAUAGUCAAUGCAGCCUUUCAAAAAUUUCCAAAAAAGCUUAUAUUUUGGUACUUGGAAAAGCAAGUGAACAAAAAUUUCAACCACAACACAUAUUAUUUAAAACCUUCUCACAGAUUUAUGACAAAACGCCCUACGAUCAAUGAUCAUCUUGCGAGCAAAUUUUUAAGUGGAGAUGUUAUUUUAAAAGGUUCUGUGAAACAUUUUACUGAAAAAGGUGUGGUUUUUCGUGGUGAAAAUGAAGUCACAAAUUUUGAUGUUGUGAUUAUGGCGACUGGUUACCAACUAAAAGUUCCUUUUUUAAACGAUAUCAUAUUUCAAGUUAUUGGAGAUCAUGUACCUUUAUACAAACAUGUUUUCCCUCCUCAUUUAUCAAUUCCAUCCAUGGCAGUUAUUGGAAUGACUCAAGUAUUCGGUAGUCUCUUGCCAGUUUCUGAAAUGCAAGCACGAUGGUUUGCCAACGUACUUAGCAACAAAGUACCUUUUCCAGAUAAAGGUGAUAUUAUCAAUGACAUCACACUUAAUUCGGAGAGGGAAACAAGACUCCUUCAUUCUAGUGCACGUAAUUGCAUGCAAGUGUUUUCCAUUCCUUAUUUAGAUGAAUUAGCAGAACUAAUUGGUGCCAAACCAAAUUUUAGAAAAAUGUUUCUCAGAGACCCAAAAUUAUCAUGGGAAUGUGUAAUGGGACCCUGUUUGCCUUAUCAAUAUAGGCUUGAAGGUCCGCAUCCAUGGAUAGGAGCUCGAGAUGCCAUUCUCAAUUACAAAGAGAGAAUUCUAGCACCUUUGAGAACAAGAUAUGAAGCACGCCAACCAUUCGUAAAUACGUAAUAAAAAAUUCAUGUCACCUAAUCAUUUUAAGAAUCGAGCUAAUAGUUCUAAACUUUUUUACAACUGUGAACUCUUUGUUAGUGAAAAUACAUUAGUAUCCUUACUUUAAAAUGAGCACUAAAAUAUCUUCUGUGCACACUUAAUAUUUUUAAACAAUGAAUUUUAAAUUUGAUGCUACAUUUGUACUAUGAGAAUAUUUUAAUUUUUUAUAUAAUAUACGUGAUUGAUGCUAAGAUUAGUAGUUUUUUUUUUAAAGAAUUUAAUGUUUUUUUAUAUGUUAAAAUACUUACAUAGUAAUUGGUUGAAUAUUUUUAUAAUAAAUUUUUUAAAUCCUUUUAUAACUGCUUUAAAUUAUUUUUUUAAAAAGCUGACAAAUUUUCCACUUCACUUUCAUGAGUAGUGGCUUUUAAACUAUAGCACUCGACUAUCAGAAUUGUUUUUAAUAAGAUUAAUAUUUAUAUUUUAUUAAAAUUUAUUGUAAAUAAAUUUUAUUGUAGCUCUUGUAUAAUGUUUUCAAUUGACAUGCAUUCAAACGUUCACACAUGAACAACAAUGCACAUUAUAUGUUUUAACAUGUCAGAAUAUAUUUGACAUUUAAUGUUCCUUUAAUUUAGAAUUUUGCCUUUUAUUUCUUAUCAAACUGGACUGUCAAGCUAUCUGUGAUUUGUUUAAUAAUGAAUAAAAGCAUCAGUAUUUAUUUUUA